UUAUCAUCAAUAUCAAUUUGAUCUCAGUUCAAUUAAAUAUUGUACAUUUAAUUUUGAACCAAUAAACUUUUAAGAUAAUAGUAAAUAUCUUCUUUAAAUAAAGAAAGAGAAACUAACUAGAACAUUCACUACAUCAUUAUAAUAGAUUGACAAUGGAAAUUUAAUAAUAGAUUAGUAAAUUAUCUAUAAUAUUCAAAUCUAACAUGAAACUAAUAUUUUUCAUAUCUCUUAUAUUCAUCAGUUCCAUAUGGAUCUAUUCAGUUGAAUCCAUCAAAUGUUAUACAUGUGAUCAAUGUUCAUUACCUUUACAACUAGAACAUUUAGAAGUAGCGGAUGGUUGUAAAUUUUGUAAAACCAUAGAACAUUCACGUUAUUUCUUAGGAGGUAUAGCAACAAGACAAUGUGUACAACAUUGUAAACCAUUAUCAAAUUGGCUUUAUUGGAGUUAUAAAUCAGUACAAUUUACAGUAAAUUGUUGUAAUCAAGAUUUGUGUAAUACAUCUAAUUUUAAAUCAAUUAAUAUGUAUCUACUAUUAAUUUGUCCUUUAUUAUGGCAAUAUUUUAUUGAUUUUCUUUAAACUUUACCGUUUUUAUCACUUAUAUACCCUGAAAUACUUGACCUCAUAGUAAUCAUUUUUAGAAAUUUACAGUAAUUUUUCUCAUAUAUGCUAUUGAUAGUGGUUUGUUUUUUUUAGAAAACAUUUUUAUACUACUGAUUAGUAAACAAAUUAAAUAUUCGC